AGGCAAAAAAUAAUAAAAAAAGAGAAGGGUUCCAGCAGAAGUGGGGGAAAGAAUAAACGCCACCAAGCACCAACGAAGACUGAAAAAGGAGAAACCAAAUCAAAUCCCUUCUUCUGCGAUUAGGGUUUCUAACCUCGUCCAAUUUCACUUACAGGAUCUCUUUUUAGCAAAAGGAAUAUAUAGAUGUUUUGUAGCUGAUCGAUAUAUGGGGUGGUUUAGAGCUGGGUCUAGUUUGGCAAAGCUUGCCAUUAAAAGAACCAUCUCGCAGGGUGGUUCAUAUGUCGCAAGAGCACGAGUUGUUCCCUCCCAGAGUCGUUAUUUUCAUACCACAGUCUUUAAGCCUAAGGCUCAGGCUGCACCCGUACCUCGUCCUGUACCGCUGUCUAGGUUAACAGAUAGCUUCUUAGAUGGAACUAGCAGUGUCUAUUUGGAAGAGCUCCAAAGGGCGUGGGAAGCCGACCCGAAUAGUGUGGAUGAGUCGUGGGACAACUUCUUUAAAAAUUUUGUGGGUCAGGCAGCCACCUCCCCUGGAAUUUCAGGCCAAACAAUUCAAGAGAGUAUGCGAUUGCUGUUGCUUGUGAGGGCUUAUCAAGUAAAUGGACACAUGAAAGCCAAGUUGGAUCCUCUGGGUCUGGAACAACGGGAAAUCCCAAGUGAUCUGGACCCUGCUCUUUAUGGUUUCUCAGAAGCUGAUCUUGAUAGAGAGUUCUUUUUAGGGGUGUGGAAGAUGGCUGGGUUUUUGUCUGAGAAUCGUCCAGUACAAACGCUUAGAUCCAUUCUGACCAGGCUUGAGCAGGCUUACUGUGGGACCAUUGGAUUCGAGUACAUGCACAUUGCUGAUCGUGAAAAGUGUAACUGGUUGAGAGAUAAGAUUGAAACUCCAACCCAGAUGCAAUACAAUCGGCAGCGGCGUGAAGUUAUUCUAGAUAGACUUAUAUGGAGUACACAGUUUGAGAAUUUCUUGGCCACUAAGUGGACAACAGCAAAGAGAUUUGGGCUUGAAGGUGCAGAGACUUUGAUUCCUGGUAUGAAGGAGAUGUUUGACAGAGCAGCAGAUCUUGGGGUUGAGAGCAUUGUUAUGGGAAUGUCUCAUAGAGGAAGACUUAAUGUAUUGGGUAAUGUUGUUCGAAAGCCUCUUCGUCAAAUAUUUAGUGAAUUUAGUGGUGGCAUAAAGCCUGUCGAUGAGGUUGGGCUUUACACAGGAACUGGUGAUGUUAAGUAUCACUUGGGAACUUCUUAUGAUCGACCAACUAGAGGUGGGAAAAGAAUUCAUUUGUCUUUGGUUGCAAAUCCAAGUCACUUAGAAGCUGCGGACCCAGUUGUUGUUGGAAAAACUAGAGCAAAACAGUAUUACUCAAAUGAUGUUGACAGAACCAAGAACAUGGGUGUGUUGAUUCAUGGUGAUGGUAGUUUUGCUGGACAAGGUGUUGUCUACGAAACACUUCAUCUCAGUGCCCUUCCAAAUUACACCACUGGUGGGACCAUUCAUCUUGUAAUAAACAACCAAGUUGCCUUUACAACCGAUCCAAUGUCUGGCAGAUCUUCACAGUACUGCACUGAUGUUGCAAAGGCCCUGGAUGCUCCUAUAUUUCAUGUAAAUGGCGAUGACAUGGAAGCAGUUGUACAUGUUUGUGAGCUUGCAGCAGAGUGGCGCCAGACUUUCCAUUCUGAUGUUGUUGUUGAUUUAGUCUGUUACAGAAGGUUUGGGCAUAAUGAGAUUGAUGAACCGUCUUUCACUCAGCCCAAAAUGUACAAGGUUAUUAGGAGCCAUCCCACAGCUCUCCAGAUCUACCAAAAUAAGCUGUUAGAAUCUGGGCAAGUGAACAAAGAAGACAUUGAUAAGGUAUUUCAGAAAGUUACUUCAAUUCUUAAUGAAGAAUUCUUGGCCAGCAAAGAUUAUAUUCCACAAAGAAGAGACUGGCUCUCAUCCCAUUGGUCUGGAUUUAAGUCUCCUGAGCAGAUUUCACGUAUAAAAAACACUGGGGUAAAACCAGAGAUUUUGAAGAAUGUUGGGAAGGCAAUCACAUUACUUCCAGAAAAUUUUAAGCCUCACAGAGCAGUGAAGAAAGUUUAUGAACUGCGUCAACAAAUGAUUGAAACAGGUGAAGGCAUUGAUUGGGCAGUUGCUGAAGCACUUGCCUUUGCUACAUUGAUAGUGGAAGGUAACCAUGUUCGAUUGAGUGGUCAGGAUGUUGAAAGAGGCACCUUCAGUCAUCGGCAUUCUGUAGUUCAUGAUCAGGAAACAGGAGAGAAGUAUUGCCCUCUGGAUCAUGUUGUUAUGAAUCAAGAUGAGGAAAGGUUUACAGUGAGCAACAGUUCACUUUCAGAGUUUGGUGUUCUUGGAUUCGAGCUGGGUUACUCCAUGGAAAAUCCGAACUCAUUGGUUCUCUGGGAAGCACAGUUCGGUGAUUUUGCCAAUGGGGCUCAAGUUAUAUUUGAUCAGUUUGUGAGCAGUGGAGAGGCUAAGUGGUUACGUCAGACUGGGCUUGUAGUGCUGCUUCCUCAUGGUUAUGAUGGCCAGGGACCUGAACAUUCUAGUGCAAGAUUAGAGCGGUAUCUUCAGAUGAGUGAUGACAAUCCUUACGUUAUUCCUGAGAUGGAUUCAACCGUUCGGAAGCAAAUUCAGGAAUGCAAUUGGCAGGUUGUCAAUUGUACUACUCCUGCUAAUUACUUCCAUGUUUUGCGGCGUCAGAUACACAGAGAAUUUAGGAAGCCUCUUAUUGUGAUGGCUCCUAAAAACCUGCUCAGACACAAGGACUGCAGGUCAAAUUUAUCUGAAUUUGAUGAUGUCCAAGGACACCCAGGUUUUGACAAACAGGGAACCCGGUUUAAGCGUCUUAUAAAGGACCAGAAUGAUCACUCUGACCUUGAGGAGGGCAUUAGACGAUUAGUACUUUGCUCUGGAAAGGUUUAUUACGAGCUUGAUGAAGAGCGCAAAAAGAAGAGUGCAUCUGAUGUUGCAAUAUGUAGGGUGGAACAGCUUUGCCCCUUCCCAUAUGAUCUUGUGCAGCGAGAACUGAAGCGAUAUCCAAAUGCUGAGAUCGUGUGGUGCCAGGAAGAGCCAAUGAACAUGGGGGCAUACUAUUACAUUGCGCCUCGGCUCUACACAGCCAUGAAGGCACUGAACAGAGGCACUGUAGAGGACAUAAAAUAUGUGGGUCGUGCUCCGUCAGCUUCUACUGCCACCGGUUUCUAUUCAGUUCAUGUCAAAGAACAAACCGAGCUUGUGCAGAAAGCUGUGCAGCCUGAACCAAUUCAGUUUCCCUGAGCAAUCAAAAAAAAAAAAAAAAAAUCCGAAUAAGAAAAUGAACAGUUUGAUAUUUUGAAGUUGGCCUCCCGCCAAAAUCUCUUCUUUGGAUUUGGGAUGGUGGUUGUUUUUUUGGUUUAAGGUCAUAUACUUGCAGACUUAUAGUCGGAUGACUUUGGUGUUUCAUUCAUUCGGACUACAGAGGUGAAUAGCAUCUUGGAAAAUUGAGUUAUAGAUAUAUGUUGUUACUUCCAUUUUCCCUUGACGGCACUAAGUGUUCAAGAAAUGUAAUAAUGCCACUUAUAGAAACUAGAAACGCGAUUGGGGAUAUAUUCUCUUCUUUUUUAGUUUUUAUUUUAUUUUAUUUCAAUUGCUUCAUUAUAUUA